UAUAUUGCCAAAAGUGUUGGGGCACUCCUCCAAAUCAAACAUAUCAAGUGUUCCAAUCCCCUCCAUGACCACAAUCAAGCCCCUAGGUGUGCAGACUGCUUCUACAAACAUUUGUGAAAGAAUGGGUCGCUCUCAGGAGUUCAGUAAAUCCAAGCGUGGUCCCGUGAUAGGUUGCCACCUGUGCAAUAAGUCCAUCCGUGACAUUUCCUGGCUACUAAAUAUUCCACGGUCAGGUGUUAGUGGUAUUAUAACAAAGUGGAAGCAACUGGGAACAACAGCAACUCAGCCACCAAGUGGUAGGCCAUGUAAAAUGACUGAGCGGGGUCAGUGCAUGCUGAAGCACAAAGUGCACAGAAGUCACCAACUGUCUGCAGAGUCAAUAGCUAAAGACCUCCAAACUUUGUGUGGCCUUCAGAUUAGCACAACAACAGUGCAUAGAGAGCUUCAUGGAAUGGGUUUCCAUGGCUGAGUAGCUGCAUCCAAGCCUUACAUCACCAAGCACAAUGCAAAGUGUAGUAUGCAGUGGUGUAAAAGCACAAAACCAGUGGAGAUGAGAACGGUACUUACCUGACUGCAUUGUGCCAAGUGUAAUGUUU